AUGGACCCCUUCGACAUCCCGCCCAACCAGACACUAUAUGUGAACAACCUGGAGGAGAAAAUAAACGUGAAUGACCUGAGGGAUCUGUUGUUCGAGUUUUUCUGCCCCUAUGGGAACGUGCUGGACGUGGUUAUAAAAAAAGCCAACCAAUCCAGAGGACAGGCCUUCGUCGUUUUCAACACCAUCGCAUCCUCCACCCUGGCCUACAAAAAUCUGAAGGGAAAGCUCUUCCUUAAUAAACACAUAAAUAUCAAUUAUGCGAAGACCAAGUCCAGAAUCGUAGAAAAAUUAGAAGGAACGUACAAGCCAAUUACUAAUUACAAAUCUGCAACAGGCCACGGAAGUAGGGACAACGUCUUCACCCUUUUUGUGCAGAAUCUACCCAACGAAAUAAAUAAGAAUGCUCUGGAGAUUUUGUUUGAUCAGUACCCUGGGUUUUGCGAGGUCAGGCACAUCCCCGGCAGGAACGUGGCUUUUGUGGACUUCAGCUCUUACCAAAAUGGGGAGGUUGCCAUGAGCGGCCUGCAGAGCUUCAAGGUCACUCCUCAGCACCCCAUAAAAAUUUCCUGGUCUGGAUGA